UUGAAUGCUUUUCCGCUAUGCAUUCUAUCCGCAUUUAACGAUUCGCUACAUUAACCCCAUGAACAGAACAGGGGAGUAUCUGAAUUUCACACGGACAAGCAGUUAUGAUGGGAGUGAUACCAAGAAUAGAUAUGGCGAGCGUGAACAGGGAAAAAAAGACGGUGAACAAAAGAAUUUUUACGACAGCGUGUACCAAAAUAUACAAAACUUCAAUACAAAUGUUGCAACAUACACAAGUCUGCUCAAGAAGGAGCAGGAGUUCAACAAACUGCAAAGAGAAACGAUUGAUCUGUUCAAGAUGAUUGAGCUAGAAUCUAACAAUGAUUUGAAGAUGCACUUCGAGGGAAUUAAAAAAAUUAUUAUGACAAAACUUGCUGACAAAAAUGCUGAGAUACAGAGCAAAAAAAGACGAUUUAUUAAUAAGAACAUACAUUUGGAACCUGAAAAGCCUUUUGUGUAUCUGAACGCGCACCAAGAUAGGAAUUUGGAAAUGGAAAAUAAGAUGAUAAUGAAGGAGACUCAGUCUCUUGACUACCAAAUGAAACAGACUAGGAAGUCUCUGCAAGAGAUCAAACAUAUACAAGAUCAGAUAAAUCUGAACUUGAAUGUACAGAACGAAAGCAUCGACCAGAUAUUCAAUAAGUCUAAGUCUAUCAGUGAAAACGUAAAGGGUGGCAACAAGUACCUGAAGAUGGGAAAAGAGAAAAGAAGACUGAUGAGGCGGGCCCUAUUCAUAUGGUUGUUAUGUAUAUCAUUCAUUUUAUUGUUUUUGCAUUGGCACUACUGAGCUUUUAUCCGUGCUGAUCUUGUUAACACGACAUCUGCCAUUUCUAUAUUAAAGAUUUGUUAGAAAAG